AUGAAUUUAAGCGAUGAAGAGAAGGAUACGCUUAUGCUGAUACAGCGAGUGAAAAUUGCCGAAGUAAUUGCAAAAAUCUCCCACGGACUUGGUGAUGCAGCUCCUGCGUAUUUUGAUCGACUGAUGAAUCCGAUGCUGUCUCUUCUGCAGCAUACAAAAGAUGCAACCGAGCGUGCCUCUGUGCUUUCUUCGUUAUCCGAACUUGUAAAGGCUUGUCGAGGGCGCAAUGUCUACAAAUGUCUCAGUGAAAUGUUAUUGGCCAUAAAAUUGUCGCAGCGCCACGAUGAAGAUUUAGAGGUGCGACAGGCAUCCUUGCGGCUUUUGCACGCUAUCGUCACCUCAUACAGCGCUAAUGUGCUUGAGGAAUUACCUCUGGGUGAUAUAUUGCAUCUUUUGAAACAGCUGUCCGAAGAUAAGGAAGAGACGAUUUGCGAUUCUGCAGCGGAGAUUCGUAAGCUAAUAGCUGAGCAGCUGGAAAGUGGUUUCCUGGAACUAAAAGAUGCUAACCUUAUUGAUCUCGGACAAGAUUGCGGGCUUAUGAAUUAG